UAUUGAUUACAUGCUUAUUGCUGGCGGCUCCUUCCGUCUAACGCCCCAAGACUGAGAGGAAGCGGAUGAGCGAGUGAGCAACUGAGAAAAUUUUCUCUGGCUGCAACUGCGUUCCACCCGUCCUUUCACAAUGCACAAGCUCAAAUGGAUUCCAGUCGAAGAACUAUCACGAAAGGAGCUGAACAAGCAAAAGCAACUGAUAAAUCAAUGUAUGAAACAGAAUCCCGAGUUCUUAGAGCAGCUUGUAGAAGAACACGGGCCCUUCCCUCUUUUGUGGGAUUUCAACGUUGCCGCUAGAGUGAGUGACGCUUCGAUUCGAUGCGGGAAAGCUGAACGGCUAUCAAAUUGAUGGAUCUAGGCAAGAGUGCAAGGACGCUCGAAGCGGGUGAAAG